AUGUCAACUAGAACCAUUCAAACCUCCGCCUAUGGUGGCAUGAAUCGUAAGCUUCGUUUCAAUGGGAAAAUGAAGUCGCGAGAAAUCAUCGAGUGGUUACGGGAAGCCAAACAAGAACGAUACUAUACGAUUCUCAAAUUUGACGAAGUGAUAUUGAAUUCCGCCAUCAUUGCCGAAGUCCUGGACCUACUACGAAUAAGUUCUCGACACGGGAGAGUAUGGGAACGAGUAAGCUUGGAGUUCUGCGAAGGCCCAGUUGACCUUGUCGUGUCGUCGCUGGUUCUGAUGGAUUGUGUUAGGCACCUUUUUCUGGCAUCUGACAAGAUACAAGACGAUUUGAUGGAUCGCCUCUCAACCGCCUUGAGAAUCAGCACCAGCUUAAAGUCGCUUUGGCUAUUGAUUCCAAUGACAGAAGUCUCUGCUACACACCUUGGAAGUGCCAUGAAAUAUAACCGUAGCAUUGACAAAUUGAGCUUGAGUGGAAGCAAUUGGGAGAAUAGUGAUGAUAGUGACAGUGACAGUGACGACGAUACAAACGAUGGAAGCAAAAGUCUCAGGCCCAAACUAUUUGGGAAACAAAAUGCUGGAAAUUCCCCUGUGGAAAAUCAAAUGUCUCCAAGAGAUGCAGCAAUGUCGCUUGCUCUCGGAUUGAAGUAUAACGACGGCAUCCAAAGUUUGGACAUUAGCUGUUGCGAUUUACCAGACGAAGCCAUGGCACCAAUCAUUGACGGACUAGUUGGACACCCUUAUCUUGAAGCAUUGAAUAUUUCCAGGAACCGGUGCAGAAUACAGUCCGUAGAGGCGCUUGGGAGGGUUGUCGAGGAUGAUGAUUGCCUUAUCCGAUCACUGGACUUGAGAGAGCAGUCCCCACACGAUGCACUGGAAAUCUCGCCUCUUUCCUUCGCCUUACGACAAAAUCGUUCUUUAGAGGCGCUGCGAAUCAGUCACAACGAGCUGGUGGACUCACAAGUGCUCGAAUUGGUGGACUCCUUCCGCGGAAACGCAUCUAUCAAGGAACUGGAUCUUGAGCAUAAUAAUAUUACGGAAAAAGGUAUCCCCGACUUGACAAAGUACAUCAAGGAAUUACCUUCCCUCACAAAGCUUUUGUUGGGAGGCAAUGCAAUUGGAGAAGAGGGAUUCAAUUUCCUCGAAAGCUUGGAGGAUGACGAUGACAGUAUCUGCACCAUUACAGAAGAAGACUUGAGACCGGCGAAACCACGAAGCACAAAGACGGCCAAAACAUCGAAGAGUACUGCUGCAGCCGCAGUUUCCAACAACGUAUCCUUCCUCACGGGCAUUGCUGAAUAG